GACUUCGAAGAAUAUAUUGAAGCACUACAAGCAGGACCAAGCAGAUGUCAGAAAAUCUCAUGAUUGAACACAGCUAUCGUUUGCCUGAGUGCUGCACGUGACCAUCGCGCGAAAGUACAGCCGAGCAAGCAGCGACGUCAAGGCUCUUCUCGAUUCAUCAUCGCUCAUCAUUCACUCCCCGUCCUUCACCCACGAAUAACCAUCUUCGACCACUAUCGCUGCGGCUUCCGAAGCUCUGCUUGCUUCCGCAGCAAAACAAUGCGCUUCUCCACAACCUGAAUACCCUAGACGCAUCGCCUCGGCCUAAACAUCCCCGACGAUCCUUCAACCCCUCUCGUACCACUACUACAGCUCCCACGCAACCUCUCCUCCUCCACCUUAAUACCGCCCAACAGCCACCAUGGUCAAAUUCUACAGCUCAACCUACGACUACUCCUACCCAUUCCCCGCCGUGACCCUCGCCUACUUUCUGCGCUACCCGAACCCGUACUCCACCCACGUCCUCUCCACCGACACCAUCUCGCGCUCCUUCGACCCCGCCACCCAGCGCCUCACCACCGUCCGCCUGCAUCUCAAGCGCUCGAAACUCCCAUCCGCCGUCCUCAAACUCCUCCCCCGCUCCCUCCUCGGCGCCUCCGCCGCCGGCGACUCCCAGAGCUACAUCCUCGAGACCAGCACCGUCGAUGUCAAGGAGGGCGUCAUGCACGCCGAGAGCCGCAACCUCGAGUGGACCGGCGUGCUGAGCGUGGUCGAGAAGCAGACGUUCCGCCGGCCUGCCUCGCCGCCCGAUGAUCAGGCGUUCAAGUCGUGCGAGGGGGCGGCGGAGAAGCAUGGCUUUCUGGAGAAGGGGGAGGCGGCGGGGCGGACGGAUGUGCAGAGCACAGUUAUACUAUUAUCGCGGCUAGGACAGUGGAAGAAGAGGCGGGCGGCGGCUGGGAUUCAUUCGGAGCAAGAUGCGGCCGCAGCAGGGAAGGCGGUUGUCGAGGAGGAGGCGGAGCAGCCGCAGAAGGUGGGAUUUUUUAAGAGCUGGAGUACGGCGAGUUUGCAGCGCUCGAUUGAGCUGAUUGGCUUGAAGCGGGCGCGGAGGAGCCAGCCGAAUGCGAUGGAGGGGAUGAAAGUUGUGUUGGAGCGGAUGCGGGAGGGCGGGUUGGUGGGAGUACUGGAGGGGAUGCGGAGGGACAGAGAGAUGGUCACACACGGGCAUCACGGGGCUGGGUUCAAGAAGGUGGAGAAUGAGAGUGGCCAGGCCAUCGAGGACCUUGGCGACCACCAUGAAGAUUAAACGAGGAGACGGUGCGCGUAUCGCAUGGCUAUGUGACAAGCGUGUUGGUAACACUCUUUGUACGAUUUCGGAAGUCCUAGGUUUUGCUCUUAGCGUUGGCGUUUUGGUCUGAAUUACCCUCUCCUCCAUACUUUCACUCACCUCUUCUUGACUACAAAGUCCUUGUCUUUGGUCUGCGUCCACAUUCUUGCCACUGCUGGAUGCGUGUGUUCUUCGAACUGUAUCGAGACAAUUCCAACAGUAGUAGAAGGGUGUGUCCAAACCUCUGAUGGGAUAGCGGAGCUUGUGUUAUCAUGUCUUUUCUUUCACACGGGAAACAACUUUACUAGUGCAUAGUUGGCUGGUACGGAAAAUAUGUAAAAUUAGCACACAAAACUCAUUCUGAACUGUAUGAAUUUGUUCGUUGCAGCAAUGAA